AUGGACCGCGGAGCUGCGGCGGCCCAGGACACCGCUCCACCUCAGGAUGAAGACGACCCUGAAGAGCCUCCAGAGCCACCGCCGCCGCCGCAGCCACCACCACCGCAGGCUCCUCAGCUGCCCCAGGAGCCUUUACCAGAACUGGCAGCACAGUCUUGUCCAGAGUCGGCUCCAAAGCCUUGUCUGGAGGCGAAUCCAGAGCCAGCCACAGAACUCGACAUAGAACCAACAACAGAACCAGCCGCAGAACCAGUCACAGAGUCAUGCCCAGAGUCCGCUUCAGCGAGCUAUUCGAAGACGAGCCCAGCACCAUGCCUAUUGCAGUGGCCAGCGAUCGCUCUAGAGAGGAGACUACAGACCUCCUCAUCGCCAGCGCUCAAAAUGUCAGUGCGGUUGUCCAGUAGAGAGAAAAUACUGAAAGAAGGACCCUUGCUGAAGAACUGUAACUCCUUCAAGAGAUGGAAGCUUAGAUAUAUUCUUGUUCAAGGACAAAAUCUCUGCUUUGCUCACCAUCCUGCGUUUGCACACUUUGAAACAAUUGAUCUGUCUCGUGUUGCUUUGGCGGAAGGCAACUGUAGGAAUCUCUGCCACAGUUUUUGUGUAAUCACACCACAGAGAAAAGUCACCUUGGCUGCACCCAACCGAAAAGAUAUGGAAGAAUGGAUUAAUGUCAUAAAAACUGUUCAGCAGGGAGAAAUUCGAAAGAUACCUGAAGCAGAGAACAAUCCUUUCCUUGUUGGCAUGCACUACUGGUACUCCAGCCACAGUAAUCAGACCCAGCACUGCAAUGUUUGUCGAGAGAGGAUUCCUGCAUUAUCUAGAAAUAUUAUCAUCUGUGAAGUAUGCAAAAUCAGAUCUCACAGAUUAUGUGCUUUGAGGGCAAGCAAAGACUGCAAGUGGAAUACUUUGUCUCUGACUGAUGAUCUCCUGCUACCUGCAGAUGAAAUAAAAAGCAUGCCACAUCAAUGGAUAGAAGGGAACAUGUCUGUCAGCUCUCAGUGUGCAGUGUGUCAUGAGAACUGUGGCAGCUAUCGAAGACUUCAAGAUUUCCAGUGUCUGUGGUGCAAUUCUAUAGUGCACGAACACUGCAAAAUACGGUUUUCCCAGGAAUGUUGGUUUGGACGUCAUCGUUCAUCAGUCAUUCCUCCUACUGCCCUCAGUGACCCUAAGGGUGAUGGUCAAUUAGUGGUUUCUUCAGACUUUUGGAACCUUGAUUGGUCAUCAGCCUGUUCAUGUCCUCUACUUAUCUUCAUCAACUCCAAGAGUGGAGAUCAUCAAGGAAUCGUUUUUCUCAGAAAAUUCAAGCAGUACCUAAACCCAUCUCAAGUGUUUGACUUGACAAAGAGUGGACCUGAAGUAGGGCUUAAUAUGUUCAAGAACUUUGCUCGCUUUCGAAUUGUAGUUUGUGGUGGAGAUGGCACUGUGAGCUGGGUCUUAUCUCUGAUUGAUGUCUUUGGAUUGCAUGAAAAGUGUCAGCUUGCAGUCAUCCCACUCGGAACUGGAAAUGAUGUGGCCCGUGUCCUGGGCUGGGGUGCAUAUUGGAAAAAGAAGAAGUCACCCCUGACUAUCCUCAAAAGGGUGGAGCAAGCUAGCGUGAGGAUUCUAGACAGAUGGAGUGUAAUGAUCCGUGAGAAUCCGAGGCAAAUCCCAUUGCCAAAAGGACAAGUUGCAAUGGAUGUAAACCAGUUUGAGGCUGCUGCCAUUCAACACUUAGAAUCUGCAACUACUGAGCUGAACAAAAUCCUGAAGUCCAAGUGUCCCACAGAGACGAUCAUUGCAACCAGAUUCCUGUGCUCAGCUGUGGAAGAUUUUGUAGUUGAUUUUGUGAAGGCCUGGAGUCAAAUAAAACAGAACAAUACAGCAAUAGAGUCUGUAAUAUUGAAAAGUGAUUCAAUGUAUGAUAAGCUCAGCAUCUUGAUUGAUACCCUGGCCGAGGAGGAAACCGCUAGCCCUGUUGAGGAGAUUCCAAUAGCUUACCCAGACUAUGACAAAUCUGAUGCAAAGUCCUUCUUCACUCAACAAGAUCACAUAGCCCGAUGCAAGUUGGAGCUGUCCACAAAGGCCCAGAAUCUUCAGAAAUCCUUGAAACUCCUCAUAUUUCAAGUUGAACAAGUUCUAUAUGAGGAAAGCAGACAAACAAUAUCAGUUAAAAACUUUACUUCAACUUUCUUCUUGGAAGAUGACUCAGAAGAUACUAAUAGAACAAGCCCAAGACACCGUUCUCGUCAUAGCAUUUUGUCUUCUAUAUCAUCUCUCAAAAGUGAAGACCUAGAUAACCUCAAUUUGAUGCACUUACAUUUCAUGCCUGAAACAAUAUGCUUCAAAGAAAAAUGUGUCAUGAACAACUAUUUUGGAAUUGGACUGGAUGCUAAAAUUUCUCUGGAUUUCAACACAAGAAGAGAUGAACACCCAGGACAAUACAACAGCCGCCUUAAGAACAAGAUGUGGUACGGCCUUUUGGGAAGCAAGGAACUUUUGCAUCGCUCUUACAGAAAUCUAGAAGAACGAGUGCACCUAGAGUGUGAUGGAGAAACCAUCCCCUUGCCAAACCUACAGGGCAUUGUAGUGCUCAACAUUACCAGCUACGCUGGAGGGGUCAACUUCUGGGGAAGCAGCACAGCGACCAUGGAAUAUGACAGUCCUGCAAUCGAUGAUGGGAAGCUGGAAGUUGUGGCAAUUUUUGGUUCCAUGCAGAUGGCAAUGUCUCGUAUCAUCAAGCUACAUCAUCAUCGUAUUGCUCAGUGUCGUGAAGUGAUGAUAACAAUUGAUGGGGAAGAAGGUAUCCCAGUGCAAGUGGAUGGGGAGGCCUGGAUUCAGAGGCCAGGCCUUAUCAAGAUUAAAUACAAGAAUGGUGCCCAGAUGCUGACAAGAAAUCGGGACUAUGAGAAAUCAAUGAAAUUGUGGGAGUGCAAGCAUGAUGAAAUCCAAGCUGCUCCUCCACCCCAGCUAGACUUUGAGGAAUCUCAAGAUAGCCUUACUGAUGAAGAGUAUGCCCAGAUGCAGCACUUGGCUCGGCUUGCAGAAAACCUCAUCAGCAGACUUACUGAUCUGAACAAGUUCUACCAGCAUGUGUCUGUCCUAAUGGAUUCUGUAAAUGCCAGUACCGAAAUACUGAAUGAUACAUUUUAUGGACAAGACAGUGGCAAUGAGGCAGCUGCAGCUUCCUGCACUCCCAUUGAGACACUGAGCAGAAAUGAUGCAGUGAAUCUUACAUUUAGUCUUAAAGGGCUCUACAAUGAUACCAAGACUUUCCUGGAUGAACACUUGAUAAGAAAUGCUGAGGUUGAAACUAUACUGCAAGCCACUCUGGAUGCCAUGGACAAAGAGUUUGAAAAGCUGUCAGAGAUAGACUGGAUGAAUCAAAUCCUUGUGCCAGAGGAAAAAUCUUCAGGCACUUACACUAGAAGCUUCAAGUUGAAAGUCAAGUUCCCUAAAUUGGGAAAGAAGAAGCUAGAAGAGGAACAUAAGCCUAAAUCAGGACAAAGAUUCCAAGGAUUUUUUGGCAACUUGUGGCAUCGCAGAACCCAUGAAGAUGAAGCAAAAAAUAAUAAUCCUCCAACACCACAAAGACCUCAACUGUAGCCCUUAAUAGCUGGAAGAACUCGCAACAUCUAGAACUCUACUAAAACUCUUGAAACCUCACUAUAAGCUAGAGUAAAUUAUUUCUGAAUAAACAUGAGCACCACCAAGAGAGACCCUCCAUUCCUUACACUAAUACAUUUUCCUGGACUCAGUAUAGGACUCCUUAGAGGUUUACAUUUUCUCCUUUGCCAAAGAUUCUUGUUCCAAAUUAUCUUAUUCAGUUCUCUUUCUCUGUGUGCAGCUUUACCAAUUACAAUAUUUAAUUGGCUCUGUAUGAAUGGCUUUGGAUCUAUAAAUGAACUCACACUUUCAGAGAGUUUAGAAAUGGUUUCUUCUGACUGACAGAAAACUUACUGAUGAGACAGAAAGAGAUAGAGAGAUUCUCAGGAAGAUUAAAAAGGGGGACAAGGCAAGCAGGUUUGUCUGUGUAUCUUCCUUGUGUAUCCAAUCCUUGCCAAAUGCAUUUAGAAACUUCAGAAGGUCUUGUCUAGUUGAUUGACAUGAGAACUAGAUCCCAUGGGCUUGUCCUGUUAAAAUGAUCAUUUGAAUAUUCUUGUAGGUGUGAUAAUUGUGCUUUUUCUACAAACCCUUUGUGUUUUUCCACCUGUGUAUGUAUGUCUUUGUACAUGUUUAGGUAGUGCUCUCAUGGCUGAUUGGGCCCAUUGGCUGGAGCUCACUCUCUACAGCAACCAUACAGGCUCCCCUACUAUUGCCUUGAUAUUAGGCUGCAUGCCUCCAGAGUGUUUGCCUGCAUUCUUGCUGAACUUUGAAGCUAAAUAUUUUGCCACUGUGCUGCAGUUUACAUGAUGUACAAAGGCAUUAA